CCCAACAUGGCGGCAAAGAAGCAUGUUUUGUGACACAUCAUAAAUUCUUUCCCAUUAUGGCUUACCAAACACAGGAUUUAAUGUUUGGGGAUUUCGAUACCCUGGACCAACAUGAGCAGAACAACAUCAGAAAGAUUCUGUAUGGGCCUCGCAGCUCGAAUGAGGAUAGGAAAGUGGAGUUCCCUUGGGAUGAAACAAGAGCUGGAAUGUUCCAGCCUGACAUUGCUCAGGGAGGAGACAUGGUUGUCCCAGCUGAGACAAACUGUAUGCCAGUGAAUAUGAAUACAGAUCCUAUGCCUAACUUUCAACAAUACCAUGCUGGUGAAGGCCCUCCACAGCAACAAUAUCCACAGCAUAUGAACGUCAAUCAUGAACCCAGGAAUUCUCCAGAGUUUGAAGGAGAUAGACAUGCUUAUCAGGGUGGUCAACAGAAUGAAGUUUAUGAAAACCAGUUCCCUAGAGAGGGGCAAAAUUACCGAGCUUCUUCAGUUGAAUUUGGUUAUGAUCCAAAUCAGUCAGAAAUGUCGCAGGGAGGUGGCAAACAGCGUAGGAACAAAAAGAAACGUCCUCCUGGAUAUUAUGAAAAGUUGGAGGAGGCCGAGAGGCAGUCUCAUCCUGACAUUGUCCAAGAAAAUGUAGGAAACUGGGCAGACAGUGCAGUUGGACAGGUCUCGCCACAGAGCUUUGCUUUUAUGCCAUUGAAUUACCCGUCUUUACCUCCAAAAGUAAGACAUGCUGAGGCUCCUGUUUCACAACGUACACAGCCUCCUGCCCAUGAGGAGAGACCUCCUGUUGUUAGCAUGGUUCCCCCAGUUGUCCAGGAGCGGCCAUUUCCCCAGCAAUGUACCCCUCCCACUAUGGUUGGUGUCCAUCCCCAACAGACGAUUCAUCCAGGUUCUAUCCCUCAGCAGAAUCCUGCUAUAAUGACCACAGAGAAUGUUCCUGGUGCCAGGGAUGGAAGUGCACUCCCAAGGGAGGGAGCCCAUAUAGGGAUAGUGAAUACCCCACCGCUAUUGCGAGAAGCCUCUCUCCCAAGGGAGGGAGCACACAUGGGCGUAGUGGACCAAUCUCAGACAUAUCAUGAAAGCUCUUUCUCUGGUCAUGGCCAGCCACCACCCAUGGGUAACAUGGCAUUGAGAUCAUAUCCCACUCCUGUCCAACAGAACAUCAACAGAAACAUGAGCAGUAUUCCACCAUCACAUCAGAAUUCAGCUGUAAAUUAUACGUACAGUUCAUCUCCCCAGGGCUCCCAUCAUAUGGACCAACGUAGUCAUAAUGUGCCGCAGGAAAAUUUGUCUGCACCCUAUGUUCCACAUCAGAUCUCUAAUUCACAGACUGUUCAGCAUCGCACACAUCAACCAGUGGAUCAGAAUUUGGUAGACAAGGUGUCGCACCAAAUGUCUGAUCUCAGUGUGUCACAAAACACAAGGGGAGGCAACCCUUACCAUGCACAUCAUCAUGAUCGUCAUCAUCAUCAUCAUCCGGGUCCACAGGCUGGUAAUGCAGGCUAUAGUUCUAACAAUGGAAUGCCUAUCGUAGACAAUAAUCCAACAGGACCUAAUACAGGUGUACGUGUAAACAGACCCCCCGGAUUUAAUGUUCCUAGUUAUCCUAACCCACCAGUGGCAGCUGCAAUUUCAAUAAAUUCCAUCAAUAUACAAGACACUUACAAUAAACAGUCCUCAUCAACAAGAAAUACUUCAACAGUGCAUGUUGAGGAACGAGUGGUGUCAUCUAGUGAACAAUACAUUGAAAACAGAGUCAGUGAACCAGAUCAAAAAGGUAGUGAACCUGAUCACCAGGUUGAUGAACCUUAUCACAAAGUCAGUGAACCAGUUUAUCAAGCUGGUGAUCAUGUUCGUGAAAAUACACCAGAACCAAGUGUAGAAAGUAUUAAUAGUAAUGAUAAUAAAAUAGUUAAAGAAUUACCAGACUCUAGUGAUGUAGAAAAAGCUAAACAAGGAAGUGGCGAUCUGAAGAUCGCAGAUGAAUGUAAUCCUAGUCCUCCAACUCAGUCAGAACAACCAAAACCUGUUAAAGCAUCAUCGUGGGCUGGAUUGUUCAAAAAUGUGACCCCAGCCACAACAGGUCCUGUAAGUUACAGUGUUACUCAUACUGAUAACACACCUGCUCCGUCCGAGGUGAAGCAGAAUUGAAUAAAGACUCCUAAUGUACCCAAUGAUCCAGUGUCUACUGAAGAUGACCAGCUGGCCAGCAGUUUUGGAGAGGCCUUGAGUAGUUUGAGAGUGAGUCACGUCCAGGUAGGACUGACCCCACGUGGACUGGUCAAUCGUGGCAACUGGUGUUACAUCAAUGCUACACUUCAGGCUUUGGUGGCCUGUCCACCAUUCUGUGAUCUCCUACGUCGUAUGCCUAAGUACAGCCGAGAGGAAAGAGGAGCUAGCAGUACUCCAGUUUUAGACUGUAUGGUGGAGUUUGUGAAUGAAUUCUCACCAUAUGCCAGGAAUACAGACAGAGGUAAGCCAAUAUUAUAGAAACACAGACCAGGGAAGGAGUUUGAGCCAGUCAAUGUCUACAAGAUGUUGCAAGUUAUGCAAGCUAACCAAACAUUUAGGCUGGGUAGACAGGAGGAUGCUGAAGAGUUCCUAAGCUGUAUUCUUGAUGGACUACACGAGGAGAUGGCCUCCGUCAUACAACUGGUCAACGGUAACCAAGACUCCACACCAGAAGCAGAGGCUAAUGGCUUUGAUCAUGAAGAAGACGCUGAAUCCGAGAUAUCUGAGGACUCCUGGGAACAGGUUGGGCCCAAGAAACGCAGCGCUCUUACACGCAAGGCUAUGUUUUCAAAGAGCCCUAUAGCAGAUAUCUUUGUGGGCUACAUGAGGUCAGCUGUAUUCAAAUCUGCUGCUAAGGAGUCUGCCACUCUCCAGCCUUUCUUCACCCUUCAGCUGGACAUACAGACGGACAAGGUGUACAGUGUGCGGGAGGCCCUGGAGGGAUUAGUUAUUAAGGAAUCCAUCAGUGGUUACACCUGUACCAAGACAAAGCAGGAGUUGGAGGUAGCAAAGAAAGUCACCUUAGAAGAACUUCCACCUGUACUUGUCAUGCACCUCAAGUAUUUUGUCUUCAACAAAGAUGGUGGCUGUCAGAAACUCCUUAAAAAGAUAGACUACCCCAUAGACCUGGAAAUCACCAGAGAUCUUCUUUCUCCUAAUGUCAAAUCAAAGCUCCAGCUUCACCAGAGAUCAUACAAAUUAUUUGCAGUCGUGUUCCACCAUGGGAAGAUGGCCACUGGCGGCGGCCAUUACACAACAACAGUAUUCCAUCCUGCCAUUAAUGGCUGGAUCAGCAUUGACGAUAAUAUAGUGAAGCCUGUUGGCUUACCAUUUGUUCUCCGGUACAAUCCUCCCCGCGUACCAUAUCUCCUGUACUAUAGGCGAACCGAUGUCCACUAGGCCCUCACUGCCAAGGAUCUAGUCAGUGUCAUAACAACAAGAUCAAGCAUCAACUUGUAACGGACAAGAUAAUGCUGACAUGUGGUGUCUGGAGUUGUACCAAGUUAGGAAGAAAAGUCACAUACAAAAUUGAUGAAUUGCAACAGAAUCAAAUGUGUUCUUGGAAUGAAAUUGCAAGGAUGUCUUUACAAUUCACGCAGUGGAUACCAAUUUUCAAAUGUGAUGUUAACAUGUAUAGAGACAAUAGACAUGUAUGUUGAGAAUUGAUAAACAGAUUAGUAUUGUACAGGCUUCAUUUCUACACAUACAACUUAAUAUUUAUAUAUUAAAGAUUCUUGACAUUUUCCAGCCCUGAUUUACAUACAGACAUAAGGUUUUAAUUCCUAAGAAUGAACAACCUGAGGCUAAACCUAAAUGUAUUCAUUGGCUUUUUCAGUUUGAUAUGAAUGCUAACUUCACAGGAGUUCACUAGACCUGCGAAUCUUGAUUAUAGAUGCGGCCUUCACUAAGGUGAUAUUUUUUCUGAAGCAUGUACAUUGCAUUUUUGAUGUUUGAGUACAUGUGUCCUGAUUGCCCUGAGUGCAUGUGGAAAAAAAGUAGUAUAUAUGUAUUAGUUUCUCUCAUUAAGAUACCUUUGGUAUGUACCAGUGAGACUGUUUAUGAAGAAGUGUGAUAUAUGAUGAAGUGGACAGUGACUUGAGUAAUAAUCAUAUGUUAAAACUUGGUGGAUACCCGUGUAAUUAACAGGUACUGUGACGAGAUGUUGUGAUAGAUAUAAAUUGCCUUAUAUCUGAUUGCUGUGCCUGAAAGAGGUGUACUAUUUUGGUAUGGCGAUGAUUCAACAUAAAGCAAACAGUUUAUGACUUGGUGAUGUAUGUUGCGUUCAAAUGCAUUUUCAGUGCGUACAUUGUCCAUUAAUGAAGACAAUUAUACUUUGAUAGAUGUUAAUACCUGUACUAGGGAGGAAUAUUUCAAGUUUGUUUCAUUAUUAUUAUUAUUAUUUUUUUCCACUAUCCGUCUAAUGAGGCAUUGUCACUGUGGUUAUAUUUUUGUCAGUUAUUUAUCUGUAUUUUAAUUGCAUACAAUAGUUUGUGUGUAAAUAUGGUAAAUGUGUUACAGUAAUAAGUCCGUACAUAUAUUUUCAUUAAUGGAUGUUGCUCUUCAGGAUUGUCAUGAAAGAAAAAAUUAUAAUAUUUUAAAAGUUGUGCAUUAUUGUUUUCUUAAAGAAGUUUAAUGCAGUCAUUUUAUACCUUUAUACUUCAUUUGUCCUUAACAGAGUCUUUGUCCCUUGUAAACAGUUUUUUUAUCUCCAGAGUUUCUGUAUCAUAAUGAACAUAUCUCUUUAAGUUAAUUAUAUUAUAAUCAGUUCAGUAUUGAGUAUCUUGAAGUUAUUAUUUCCUAUACAAUAAUGAUACAUGGUGUUAGAUCUAUGGUAGAUAUUAUGGUUUUAAUAUCUUUUGUAGAUACAUAAUAUGGUUUAAUUAUCUAUGGUAUAAACAAAAUUAUAAUUUCUAUAGUUAUGAUUUUGCAUUUAUAUAUAAACUUAUUCCCACUAGAUAUAUAAAAACUUAAUUUAUUUUACAAUUGCAAAACAAGUUUUUUUAAAGUUAUAUUAAUCACGCUUGUUAGUAGGGAUAGAAGUUUGCAAGGGGAUCUUUCUAUGGGAGGGAACUGGAUUACCCAUAGAGAACCCACGUCAUCGGACAGGUACAUUAUCAUUUCUGAUCUGGGAAUUGUACCUCUGCCAUUUAGGUGUAAGAGUUUCCACUGCCUGGCCACUAUAGACUGGAUAGAUAAGUUGAUUGUAUUUAAAGGGACGUGACUUGUUACACAACAUCAUGAUGAUGUGAUCAUGACUUUAUUUAUAGGGACGUGACUUGUUACACAACCUCAUGAUGAUGUGAUUAUAUUUAAAGGGACGUGACUUGUUACACAACCUCAUGAUGAUGUGACUAUAUUUAAAGGGACGUGACUUGUUACACGACUUGUUACACAACCUCAUGAUGAUGUGACUAUAUUUAAAGGGACGUGACUUGUUACACAACAUCAUGAUGAUGUGACUUUAUUUAAAGGGACACGACUUGUUACACAGCCUCAUGAUGAUGUGAUUAUAUUUAAAGGGACGUGACUUGUUACACGACUUGUUACACAGUCUCAUGAUGAUGUGACUUUAUUUAAACGGACGUGACUUGUUUCACAACCUCAUGAUGAUGUGACUAUAUUUAAAGGGACGUGACUUGUUACACAACCUCAUGAUGAUGUGACUAUAUUUAAAGGGACGUGACUUGUUACACAACCUCAUGAUGAUGUAACUUUAUUUAAAGGGAUGUGACUUGUUACACAACCUCAUGAUGAUUUGACUAUAUUUAAAGGGACGUGACUUGUUACACAACCUCAUGAUGAUGUGACUUUAUUUAAAGGGACACGACUUGUUACACAACCUCAUGAUGAUGUAACUUUAUUUAAAUGGACACGACUUGUUACACAACCUCAUGAUGAUGUAACUUUAUUUAAAGGGACACGACUUGUUACACAGCCUCAUGAUGAUGUGACUUUAUUUAAACGGACGUGACUUGUUACACAACCUCAUGAUAAUGUAACUUUAUUUAAAGGGACGUGACUUGUUACACAACCUCAUGAUAAUGUAACUUUAUUUAAAGGGACACGACUUGUUACACAACCUCAUGAUGAUGUAACUUUAUUUAAAGGGACGUGACUUGUUACACAACCUCAUGAUAAUGUAACUUUAUUUAAAGGGACACGACUUGUUACACAACCUCAUGAUAAUGUAACUUUAUUUAAAGGGACACGACUUGUUACACGACUUGUUACACAACCUCAUGAUGAUGUGACUUUAUUUAAAGGGACGUGACUUGUUACACAACCUCAUGAUGAUGUAACUUUAUUUAAACGGACACGACUUGUUACACAACCUCAUGAUAAUGUAACUUUAUUUAAACGGACACGACUUGUUACACAACCUCAUGAUAAUGUAACUUUAUUUAAACGGACACGACUUGUUACACAACCUCAUGAUAAUGUAACUUUAUUUAAAGGGACACGACUUGUUACACAACCUCGUGAUAAUGUAACUUUAUUUAAAGGGACACGACUUGUUACACGACUUGUUACACAACCUCAUGAUGAUGUGACUUUAUUUAAAGGGAUGUGACUUGUUACACAACCUCAUGAUAAUGUAACUUUAUUUAAAGGGACACGACUUGUUACACGACUUGUUACACAACCUCAUGAUAAUGUAACUUUAUUUAAAGGGACACGACUUGUUACACAACCUCAUGAUAAUGUAACUUUAUUUAAAGGGACGUGACUUGUUACACAACCUCAUGAUAAUGUAACUUUAUUUAAAGGGACACGACUUGUUACACAACCUCAUGAUAAUGUAACUUUAUUUAAAGGGACACGACUUGUUACACAACCUCAUGAUGAUGUGAAUGUGAGCCAUAAUGUUAUAUAAUCUUCGUAACCUACAUACGGUAGACUGCUAUGUAUAAGAAUGAUUGAGGAAGCAGUGCUUGAGGUGAUCUAUAUGAGGAGGUUUAUAAUUGUCUAGGUAUUUGUACAUUGUAAAGGGGUGGUAAUACCAUAUCCAUACAAAAUAUAUUCAGAAUCCAUAGAUAUAUUUUUAUGCUAUUGUACCAUGUAGAAUGUAAAUAUGAAGGGAAUGGCAUAAUGUUGGUAUGUUUUGCUUACUGAUGGAGGUUUGUUGUGUACAGUCUAUGUGUGACGGAUUGUCUUUACACAGUCUGGAUGAAUUGUGUGCUCUGUAAAGAUGAAAGUUCAACGGAUUGAUCUUUUGUGUUAAAAUACUGUCUAUACUGAAAGGUGUGAGUUUAAUCUUAGUGUUAGGGUAUCCAUCAUAAAUGUAUAUAUGAAAUAUAUAUUUUUUCUGAUGAAUUUGUUGAUAAUUGAAGUAUUUUGUAGGUUUGCAGUGUUAUGUAGUGAUGUGUGGUAUUUCAAAUGGAGGAUGAAUCCUUCCUUUGUGAUUGACUUCAUUAUCAUUUUGGUGGUAAAUGGAAUAUGGUGUUGAGGUGAUCAAUACUAACUCCUCCAUGGAUAGUUUGUAUUUAAUUGUAUAUAUGAAGAAGAUAUAUAUUAAACAAAUAUUGAAUGCAUUUGUAUGUUUGUUGGAGCCUACUGUUGCUGUAAUUCCUUUUACAGUAUUUACUCCAGUAAAUACACAUGUGAUCCUAGAGUGGAACAGAUAUCAUUGAGGUACAGUAUUUACUCCAGUAAAUACACAUAUGGUCCUAGAGUGGAACAGAGAUCAUUGGGGUACAGUAUUUACUCCAGUAAAUACACAUAUGGUCCUACAGUGGAACAGAGAUCAUUGGGGUACAGUAUUUACUCCAGUAAAUACACAUAUGGUCCUAGAGUGGAACAGAGAUCAUUGGGGUACAGUAUUUACUCCAGUAAAUACACUUGUGGUCCUAGAGUGGAACAGAGAUCAUUGGGGUACAGUAUUUACUCCAGUAAAUACACAUGUGGUCCUAGAGUGGAACAGAUAUCAUUGAGGUACAGUAUUUACUCCAGUAAAUACACAUAUGGUCCUACAGUGGAACAGAGAUCAUUGGGGUACAGUAUUUACUCCAGUAAAUACACAUGUGGUCCUAGAGUGGAACAGAUAUCAUUGAGGUACAGUAUUUACUCCAGUAAAUACACAUAUGGUCCUACAGUGGAACAGAGAUCAUUGGGGUACAGUAUUUACUCCAGUAAAUACACAUAUGGUCCUAGAGUGGAACAGAGAUCAUUGGGGUACAGUAUUUACUCCAGUAAAUACACAUAUGGUCCUAGAGUGGAACAGAGAUCAUUGGGGUACAGUAUUUACUCCAGUAAAUACACUUGUGGUCCUAGAGUGGAACAGAGAUCUUUGGGGUACAGUAUUUAUUCCAGUAAAUACACUUGUGGUCCUAGAGUGGAACAGAGAUCAUUGGUGGAAAAUUAAAGUACUGCACCAAAUUAACUAUGAAAUUGUGUACAGCAUGGUUUGGAUAUAAAAAAAAACAACAGGAAAAAGUAGUGAUAAAUUAAAUACCAAUUUUCACUGUCGAGAGAUGGCUAUAGAAAUUUCAAUAAGUUAAAUAUUAAUUUAACUGACAAGAGAGGUGACUAUUGAAAUUUCCUGUCAUGUAAAUCAUUUUUGUGUAGCACUCAUAAUUAUGUAAUUUUAAAUCUUUUAUAAAGAUUUACAAUUAAUAACUGGCUCUCUCAAUAAUUGAAAAGCUACAUCUCCUAAUUUGUGGUAUACAAUUUGUUGAUUACUGUCUUAUUAGUCAUAAAUCAUUUUCUUUCUUUAUAUUGACAGGUAAAUCAAUCAUGAUAACUAUGUUUAAUUAUGGUGUUUGUAAUAUCUUUUGAGUAAUUUAUCAUCUUGUUUGUUUCUAUGUUAAUUUUGUGUGUAAUCCAUUCUGGUAGUCGGGUACCAUUAUCGUUACGGUGAGUAGAUUCUGAUGAAAAAGGGUGCUAAUCAUAUAAAGUUAUGAUCCUAGCUAAUUUUCUCUUAUUGGUAUAAGUGUACUGUCCCCGAUGGAUAUUACAGGACCCCAAAUUAUAAGGUACCAAUAAUUAUUAAUUUUAUGCCCCGCACCAUUUUAUCGGGGAAGGGUGGGAGCUCGAGGUGUAGUGCUACCAUUGUCUGUCUGUCUGUCUAUCUGUCCUGUUCCAUUUCGAAUCAGUGUCAUAAUCUUGAGAGCCCCUCAACAGAUUUAGUUGAUAUCUACACCACAGUAUCAUAUCAAGUUCUACACCUGAUCAAAUUCUGGUGGUUAUUGGUUAAAGUUAAAGGGUGGAAGGUCACCUUUGACCGCAUCUGCAUGUGGCGUUUUGUUGCUUAAGGGUGGGGGCAUUUAUGUCUUUAAAGCAUUUUCUAGUUUUCCAGUGUAUUAUAAAUACCACCAACAUUAUGCAAUGCUCUUAAAAAUUUACUUUUACCAGUAUAUUUGCCCUGGGAGAGGAAAUUCAAGAACCCCUCUACUAGCUAUCCAUAACCUUUUUUUAUCCCCGGAGGUGGUGGUUUUUCCGAUUGUGGAUUCUACCAAUAUAACAAUCUUACAUCCUAAAGAAGCUGUCUUUGUUUUGUCCAUGGUAUGUUCCUACAUUUGGUUUCUUAUCAGAAUGUUUAAAUCAUAAAUUGAAAGAAAAGAUUUUGUUCACAGAAUGGUCAAUUCUUAUUUUAUUUAGAUUUUUAUGUUCCUUUAUUAGAUAAUUUGUUGGUAGAAAAAAACAAACAUUUUUAUGAUAUGAAGACGCAUAUUAAAUAUGAGGUCUUUGUAAUAAAAAGAAAGGUGUUUUAGUUGUUAAUCUCUCAGCAGUGUUCCCAACGUUUUUAAGGAAUGACUUAUUUUUGCUAGUUUUGUAGUCUAGUGUGGAGAAGUAUGAAUGUCUAUCAGAAAAGGAGAGAGAGGGAGAGAGAAAGUCCAAGUUAACGUUAAAUGAAAUUGAAUAAAAACCUUCUUUUGUCAA